CCCUUCUGGGGGCGCGCCUUAGUAAAUGUUACUUUGUAGCGCGUUUUGUGAGUUGCUGCUCUGUUAGUGUUUGAUAAACGGUUUGUUGUAUGUUGACCUGUUUAGUAGGUCAAUCUAUACGUUCCAGGUUAUUUUGUAUUAUAGUUGAUGUGUCCGGACAAUUUAUUGUGGUUUAAGGUCACUGUCAUCAUCCGGGUUUGAAUUGUUGACCUUUACGGUGGACGGUAGCCCGGAUCCUCAGGAGCUCCCAGGUAAUGCUUGCUGGUGUGCAUUAAUCAGAGCAUUGUGAUCCUUUUGAACAAUGGAAGCACCAACCAAAAAAAGGCCAAGAAUGUCUUCAUCAGAAGAAUGUAAGCUGGAACUGCCAAAUGGAGAUUCAGGCUCCAGAUUAGAAAGUGAGGGAAGUUCAACAGAAAAUGGAAUCGAGAGACUGCAGCAGACGUCAGAACUAGCAGGCACUAGUGAACUACGGAGACCCAAGAGGUUCACUUUCAGUGCAAAGCCAACACUUGAAGAAAUACGACAGAUACAUGCUGACUUUACAGAUGAGCGUGAUUGGAACCAGUACCACAAGCCACGAAAUCUGCUUCUAGCUAUGGUGGGAGAAGUGGGCGAAGUGGCAGAACUUUUUCAGUGGAAAGGAGAAGUUGCAGAGGGACUCCCUGAUUGGACGGAGAAGGAACAAGAGCAGCUGGCCCAUGAGCUGAGUGAUGUUUUAAUCUAUCUUGUAGAGCUGGCUGAGAAAUGCCAUGUCGACUUGCCCCAAGCAGUCUUGCGUAAGGUGGAACUGAAUAAACAGAAAUACCCUGCUAGCAAAGUGCAUGGCUUGGCUAAGAAAUAUACUGAAUACACAGACUGAUCUGACCCAGUGUUCACCCUACAUUCUGUGUCAUGUUUGGACCGGAUUCUCUCCCCCAAGGGGAGGGGCAUUGUGUGUGUGGGUAAGACUGGGGAAAUGGCUGUUUUAGAGAAGUUUGCCAUUUUUAUAAGUUGUGUUAAAGUAUGUUGGCUGCUCAACUUGCUGUUUAUGAAGGGGUGGCCGUAGGCAGAGUCAGAGUUCAGUAAUAGAAUAUAAAAAUGAGUUAGGCUUGUAGUCAGUCCACACUGAGUGCAGAACUUGACUUAUUUUAACCCAGUUCAGUUACUUUGUCAUGGACCCUUGGAGACAUGGGGGGUGCUUUACUCUUUGGCAUUAAAAAAGACUCCUUAACAUUAAAGCACUUGAAAAUUGCACAUUUUGCAUUUAAUUUCUUGCAACUUGUUAAUCUUGCCUUCAAGAGGCCUUGAAGAACAUUGAGCUUGGUUUCACACUGUAUGAGUGGAGCAAGCUUGUUGAUCUUUUUUAAAAUUCAUAUUUUGUUGUAACGUUUUAUUUUUUUCAAUUGUGAUGCUUUCAUUUUGUCAGAAGGCAGCAUGUUUGGGGGACAUGUAGUGUAUGCUUAGAGGGCGUUGGGACCCCCUGUCAAUUAAAAAUCUAUGUGGCCAGUCAUGGUCACACUUGUGCCUUGCAGUGCUUCCCUCUGCACUUUCAUAAGCUGCUUCAAAGACUAUGUCUGGUGUUACAUUUCUGUGAGGGAUGAAUAGUGCAUUAUCACUGACCUUGGGAAACAAAUAAUAGUGCAUUAUCACUGGCCUUAAAAACUAGCAAGACAAACUCAAGAUUAUUUAACAUUGAAUUCUGAGUUUUUAAAUGCCUACUUUUGUUUGAUAAUGUAGGUAGAUAGUAAAAUAGUUUUGUAUGAAGUUUUUUUAAAUGAAGGCAACAGUUUGUCGUCAAGAAACUAAUAAAAUUGUGCAACUGAAA